AUGGUGGAUUCAUUUGGAUUACCACCGAGAGAAACGUUGAUCUAUGAAUGUUUCUUGUUAUCGCUUGGUGCUGUGUCAAUGGAGUAUCGACCAAGUGCUGCAUCUGUUAUCAGCAAGGCGAUUGCUUCUUUAAAGCAUCAUGCAAUUGUUGCGAGAACCAUAUUUAUGCAAAUUUAUUACAACAUGAUCGUGGUUUAUAAUAAGAAGAAGCAAAUAACCCAUCGAUUAUUGGCCAGUAAUAUAGAAGUGGCGGUUGCAUCAGCCGAAAAUCGACAAUUGCUUGGUGUUAUAGUCAGAUCACCGAUGAGAGCUUGCGACGAUACAAGUGGAUCAAAUUUGCUGCCUACACGAAUCGAACAACAACGGAAUUUCAGGGCUCAAAGAAAUCAUCGUUUACUUGAAAUGGCAGCAGCUGGAGAAACCUAUAAAAGGGUUGAUUUGUCACCAGUGGAAUUGAUUAACUCUUCUCUCGAGCGACAAGAAGCAUUCUGCGGUAUAACUGGUUUCUUUGUGUUCUUUUUGUCUGAUCGUGUAAAUGCGGAAGCGAUCUAA